UCUCAUUACAUAAUAGGCCUGGAUUUUUAUGAUGGUUUCCUUUUUUCUGAACUCCCCAAGAUUUGCGAAGCAUUAAUUAUGUGUAUUUUCAAGUUAUGUCUUACUUUACUACCUUUAUUCUGAGAAAUCCCUUGCCUAAAAAUUCAGGCUAUACUUAUUUUAAGAUAGAAUAAUUUAAUACUUAAAGAUGUAUUUUAUAGUGAGAUCUGAUUGUAAUACAUAGUACAUACCUUGGUAGUUCAUAAUAUGAAUUUAUAUUUAAAUAUAUUAAUUAUUUUAUUAUUUAUUUCAUUAAAUAUAUUUUGUAAAAAUAACAACAAAAUUAAAAAAGAAAAUGAGAAUCUAGUUUCUGUACAAACUCUGACUGGCAAAAUUAUUGGAAAAGUGGAAAAAAUUGAAAUUGAAUCGGGGCAAAUAAUGAAUGUAGAUAUUUUCUUUGGGAUUCCUUAUGCUCAGCCGCCUGUUGGAAAUUUACGUUUUGAGAAAACAGUUUCCUUCAUUCAAAACGAAACACAAACAAUUUAUGCACUUGAACAACCAAAAGUUUGUGUUCAACACCACAGAUUGGAUAAUUGGACAUGGGAUUGGUAUCAAUAUAGCGAAGAUUGCCUUUAUUUAAAUUUAUUUUCUCCUCACAGAAUUGAAGUUUUUUUGUUUAAUUUUUCGAAUUAA